AUUUUACAUCUUAUCUCAUGGAAACGAUGACUGGCAUUGGAGCAGAACUGUUCUGCUUGGAGCCAUCUAUUGAACUAUGAACUAUGCCAGUACAGGAAAGAAGUUCCUUUUUAAUCGAAGGUCUCCUAGUGGCAUGUAAUAACGUUGAUUCGUAAUUCAAUCAAAACGUUAAAAUGUCAGGAGGUUUAGAUGUAUUGGCCCUUAAGGAAGAUGAUGUUACCAAAUUGCUGGUUGCUUCUGCUCAUUUGGGCGCAGAGAAUGUCAACUUUCAAAUGGAGCGAUAUGUCUAUAAAAAAAGAGUAGAUGGUGCAGGUAUAAAUAUAAUUGACAUUCGCCAUACAUGGGAAAAGUUGCUUCUUGCAGCUCGUGCAAUUGUUGCCAUUGAACAUCCUAGCGAAGUCUUUGCUGUUAGUUGUCGUCAUGUGGGUCAAAGAGCUGUACUCAAGUUUGCAGCUCAUACAGGUGCUACUCCUAUUGCCGGACGUUUCACUCCUGGUGCAUUUACUAAUCAGAUCCAGGCUGCUUUCCGUGAGCCACGUCUGUUGGUUGUUACGGAUCCAUCUACUGAUCAUCAACCCAUCACUGAAGCAAGCUAUGUGAACAUUCCUGUGAUCGCUUUCUGCAAUACUGAUUCACCAUUGCGUUUUGUAGAUAUUGCGAUUCCUUGCAAUACUAAGAGUGUGCUUACUGUCGGUUUGAUGUGGUGGCUUCUCACCAGGGAAGUUUUGCGACUGAGAGGUUCCAUUCCACGUGAGACUAAGUGGGAUGUAAUGGUGGACCUCUUUUUCUAUAGAGAUCCUGAAGAAGCAGAGAAGGAGGAACAAGCGGCGAAAGAAAUCGCACCAGCCAAGGAGUUCACGAGUACCACAGUUGAAGCUACGGUUCCUGCGCCAGAACCCGGUUGGGCGAAUGAAGUUGAGACGACUGCUGUGACUACGGAGAACUGGGCUGACGACGUAGCGCCGCCAACGGCUGCCCCUAUUCCACCAGCAGCUAAUACUACACAACCUUUCCAAACAGGUGGUGAUUGGGCUGCACAGCCUCCAGAAGAAUGGUCAACAUCUGUAGCAACUGCCCCUGCUCAGAGCUGGGGAGGUGCAAGCAGUGAACAAUGGUAAUCUCGUCCUUUUUAACGAUAUUUUUUGGACAAUGAGAACAUGUAAACCAUCUUUAACAAGACUCUGAAAAGAAA